UUUUAUGGAAAGUGUAGUAUACUUAUAAUGAAUUAUUCUUGGGUUACCAGACAUUUCAGGUGGUUUAUUGGAGAAAAUACCAACGUUUCGAGAACACUCUUCGACCUUCUCGAAAAAGUUAGUGUUUUCUCUAUUAAACAACCAAACACGGCUGGUAACCCGAGAGGAUAACAUUAUACGUUGUCGCCGUGAAAGCUUCAGAUCAUAUAUAGGACACAAUAUUUCAGUGUAGGAGUAGAAUAUCACAACUGGGAACCACAGCCAGAGCAGUGUUUCUGAACCCGUGUGCCGCAAAUUUUUACAAGACAUUGUAUUUUGGCACGUUAUAGUUAUAAUUAUAGGCAAUAUAUUAUUUUUGCAAUUAGUUUUCAUAAAACACACACAUCGAUUUUGUUCAACAUGAGUUAUGUUCUAUUUUCAUAUUCCUGAAUUUGAGCAAGGAUUUAUAUGUGGACACAUUCAAGGCCAUGUAUUUUCGUAUCCCCAUUUUAUGGUGUGUCGCGGGUGAAGAAGGUUGCGAAACUUGGAUUAAAGUAGAUGUCGGAAUGUUUUGAGCUCAUAAAAGUCGUUUCCUGAUGGGCGUCCCCCUUGUACUCCGUUCGCAUGUACGAGAAGUAAGACAAACAUGAAUACGGGUUUGCUCUUGUCAGAAAAAGUAUUGUGAUUUGGUUUGAGCUUGAGAAAUUGAUAGUAUCCCACUUUUAGUUUCAGAAAUUUGCAAGUAUUUAAACAUACGUCCAUAUUUUGGAAUAAUACAAAUGUUUUGGAGGACAUGUUGCCUCCAUAUUUAAGGCAGAGUAAACGAAAAAUAUUAGAGGGAAAAAUUAAUAUUUUUUAGAGCAAACAUUUAAAUUAAGGAAUGCCAGUGAGAAGCUUGAUUUUGGCUUCUUUGGUAACGAUUACUCACUCAGUGUUUGGGUUUUGUAGAUUUUUGUCUUUGCCUUUGAGCCAUGUUGGAAGUGGCCCUAAUUUAGUCGGGGGCGUUAGGGAAGUGAGUUUUAUUUUAAAUUUGCUUUUGUUCCUAGUAUCAGGGACGUAGAAUUAUGAACGAAUGUGUGCGUACAUUACGAAUUAUAUUUACGUAAUAUGAGAUAUUGUCUUUUCCAACUAAAAUGUGCUAAUAUACAAUAUCUUACAAAAAUUCGCGUCAAAUCCGAAACCUUGUGACGGUACACCGGUUGCGGUCUGUUGGUGUCUGAUUCACUACUACAUCCGGCUACUGUGUUUCAGCUGGGAUGAUAACCAUUGUGUUGGUCUUGGUGGAGUCGUUAUACUGCGAUUUAUUAUGGAGACUGUUUUAAGUUUGUGUAAGUUCUCGGUGAUAUGUAUAUUUCCGUUGGGUUCAUGAGGGUUUUUUUUUCCUGUCGUCUGCCGGCGGAUUUUUUAAAGUUAGUUUUUGAUCGGUAGUUAGUAGCAGUUGAGUAAAUUAAAAAUUCUGCAGUAACGGAUCAUGGGUGCUGAAACUACGGACUUGAGACGAAAUUACCGGCCCGCGAUGGAAUGUUGCCAAUUCAAGAACAUAUCUCACGAGGGUAUUAUUUGAGUAGGAUAUUAGUGUGAUUCAAUCCAGCCUGUGACACUGAACAGGUUUUUGGGGCGUGUUCAGAUGGACUCUUCAGUUAAUAUCAAGAGACUUCUCUGUUUAUUGGGGGAUGAAGUAUGGCUGAGGUAAACACAAAGGAAAUGGUAAGUGUCACCAAGGAGGAGAUGAUGGAUCUGAAUAUGGAAGACAUGGCAGACUUUGACAUUCCGAUGAUGUCACAGGUGACUGUUGAUGAUCUAAUGGCAGAUGUAGCAGAAGUACAGACAAUACUGCAGUGCAAUAACAUUGGACAAACAGUUGAUGUCAAUGAGAUUUAUGAGAAGCUUGAGGAGUUGAUGUACAUUAAGAGAGAGGUACGAAUUGAGUACGUUGCAACGCAGCUUAUUUAUAAGUCUGGUAUUAUUGAUGAACCAAAUGUUGCUCCACAGGAAGGUGUGUUUAGGUUUACCUUACGGAGCAAUGAAGAUAAUCUUGUGGAGAAUACCGGCUGGUCACAGGAGAGAGUACCAGUUUCGGAAAUAUCUGGAUGUGAUACGCCAUGCCAGAAUGAUGUACCAUUCAGUAAUGUAAUUGCUACUGCAUAUGAUGAAAGUGUUUCUGUGCAUCCUCAUGAGCUCAGUCAGAAUUUUGUAAGUCUUCCUGAACCAGUGACCAUCUCUCAGGCUCUUACAGAUGAUCAAAACCAGCUGAAUUCUGAAACCAUAGAUUUAGAUAUUCAUCAUGGUUGUUGCAGAGAAUCUAGCACAGAUGCUGAUACUCUAAUCAAAGAAGCAAAGCUGAUAUACAACAUUUUUCCUCACCAUGAUUUUGAGCAGAUUUAUGCAUGUCUCAGAGCCAACAAAGAUAGUGAUACAAGGGUUGAUGAUGUGACAGAAAUGUUCUUACAAACGGAAACUAAACGUGGAUUAGCUCAAUUGCCAUGUACAGAAGUAGCGGUUAUCGGUGGAAUAAACACCAGACUUGUAGAUACAGUACAGACCAAUCCUUUGUCCAUUUGUGCGCCAUCUGUAUUUGUUUUCACUGCUACUUCAAAUAAUGAUCGUAUGUGUCACGCUAAGGCCACUGCUGUUCAUGAGAAACUAAAAUCCAACAAAUAUUCUGUCACUGCCAGUGCCAUGUUUCCACAGAGAACAUCAAAAGAUGCUGACCUUACACAUGGGAACUUUUCUAAUUCUGAAGUUACAGAUAAAGGAGGAUGUCUAGAAAGUGUUGAAAGCAGUAAUAUUUUCCAUUUUGGCAAUUAUAUUGAAAAGUCACAUAAAAUUAUCUCAGAAAAGCUUGAAAUGGAAGCACAACAUAAUGAAGAUGAUCUGUUUGAAAAAACUGUUGAAGUCACAGGAUCAUCUGUUCAACAGAAAAGAAGUGAGGAAGGUUUGGAACAGAAGCAGAGUGAAGAAUGUGUUGGUGACAUGCUAUUAUUUGUUGAACAGAAAAUAAAUGCAGAAGUUGCGCCAGUGUGUAUCAGACAGAAACUAAGUGACAAAAGUCUUGAAGUCACACCAUUCUUUGUUGAACAGACAAAACUUGAGGAAAGUAUUAAAAUAACACCAUUAUCUGUUGAACAGAAAGUAAGUGAGCAGGGGUCACUAUCUAGGGAUGUUAUAACAGAAUUGGCAGUUUCAAAAUGUGGCGAUGAUGUACUUGAUUUAAUAGCAUCUGACACGGACGAAGAUGAUACACUUUCAUAUGCCUCAUGCAAGGAUCUUGACGUGAAUGUGAUAGUUUUAAAACAGGAGACUGACAAAUAUAACAGCGAACAUACUCUCAUGCAUCAAGAUGGUCCAAAUCUUAUUACAAAUCGUGAAGUUGAUGAAAAUGUAGACUUUGUUGUUGUACAGAAGUCAGAUGUGAAAUUGAUUGAUUCAGGUGAAGACAUUGAUAGUAUUAUUACAGACUUUAAGAUGAUAUUUCCAGAAUCUGACACUGAUGAAUCAAAAAUGUUAGAAAAUAGAUCUCGGUUGGAUGAACUUAGCAGUGUGACUGAUGUAGAAGUUGAACAUAAUGUAACUGCAGUAGCUGAAACAGAGGAUCAGUGUAGUACAUCAUUUGAUUCCACAUGCUCUGAUGAUUUCAUUAACUUUCUGGACAGCUUGGAUGAAGAGCAUGAAGAUGACAGCAUUGUAGCAAAGUUACAUGAGCUCUUUCCAGAUGCAAGAAUGGAUUAUUUGAUCAAAAUCAGUCUUCAGUUUGACUCACUGACAGAUAUGGCAAGUAAGGUUUUAGAAUCUCUAGAAGCUGAAGAAAAUGAUGUGGGUGAUAUGCUGUCGAAGGCUGAGACGCCUGUAAGUGCAUCAUUACCAGCCCCAUCAAGUCAAGGGUGUCGUAAAAAGGAAAUAACGUACAAAGAAUUUGAGUCUUCUCUCCCACAUGUUGACCACGAGAUCCUGAUGGAGAUAUGGAAUGAGAUAGGAACAGACUACAAUGCUGUAAAGGAAUUUAUUGCUCAACAUACCCAAGAGACCUCAAAUGAUAAUCAGUACCAUAUGCUGUUAUCAUUGUUCCCUCAGGCAGACCCUGCAUUCUUGCGUGAAAAAUGCAGUGUGAUAGGUAGUGAUGAAGAUGCUUUGAAAGAUUUUAUUGAAGAACAGUUACAAAAUAAAACUGCUACACAAUAUCACAUGCUACAAGAUAUAUUUCCUGAAGCUGAUUCAACUUACCUUCAUGAGAAAUGCACUGAGAUUGGUGAUGAUGAGACUGCCAUGAGGGAAUUUGUUGUAGAACACCUGAAGAAGAAUGAAGGUGAUGACAGUUACCACACUCUUCUGGCUGUGUUCCCAGAGGCAGAUCCUGUUUUUUUACGUGAGGCUGCCGAAAGGAUAGGAGAUGAUGACGAUGCCAUGAAAGUGUUUGUUGCAGAGCUGUUGGAGGAGGUAGAUGGUGUUAAGUUUCAGACACUGCUGGCCGUGCUUCCAGAUGCAGAUCCAGACUAUCUUCAUGCUACUUUUGAAAAGAUUGGGAAUGAUGAGGAAUCUGUUAAGGUAUUUCUUUUGGAAGCACUUGAGAACAAGGAAUAUCCAACACGAGAGGCAUUUCUUAAACGCCAAGAAAUGGCUUCUUUACAAAGGAAAUAUAAAGAGGAAUUCAGUAUUGAAGAUUUUAUUGAAAUGUUUCCAGAUCCAAGGAAGCAUUUUUAUGAGGAAAAUAACAGCAACAGCAGUGAGUUGAUAAGGAAUCAUGGAAUUGCUUAUUUGGAGACACGAUACAGAAGAAUUGCACUGGAAGACAUUCGAACUUCAUUCAAAAAUAAAAAUUACAACUUAACAUUGACAUGUAGAGAACUAGAUAAAUGGAAUGGGCCCAUUUGUUUGUUGAGAGAGACUUUCAAUUAUACAGUACCAAACACAGAUGAUAUUCCCGUGUCAUAUCUCCAAGAGGUUGCCUUUAUUGAAAAUGAAGAGAGGAUCAAGGAUUUUAUUAUUAUGAAAGAACAAAGGAAGAAAGAAGCUUUUAAAUUGGCAAAACGAAAAGGGGAGCUGCUUGAGUGUAUGUGUUGCUUUGAUCCCGAUGUAAUGGCUGAGGAUAUGGCUACAUGCACGGAUGGACAUCUAUUUUGUAAGGAAUGCAUUAGAAGGUCAGCAGAAGUUGCCAUUGGCAGUGCACAGAGUGGCUGCUCAUGUCUUACAAACUGCAAUGCAGAGUUCAGCCUGAAGGUCUUACGGACUGUGUUGACGCCGACUGUAUUUUCACGAGUGGUGCAUAUAAAACAGCUGGAAGAGGUGCAGGCUGCUGGAAUUGAAGACCUGGAGAGCUGUCCAUUCUGUGACUUUGCAACCAUUCCACCCUCUGACAGCAAAGUGUUCCUGUGCUAUAACCCAAAAUGUAUGCGGGACUCCUGCAGGGAGUGCAAGAGGCCCAGUCACAUUCCUCUGCACUGUGAUGAAGUCGAGUCAAAGGAAGUGAAGAUGCGGACUUUUAUUGAGAACAGGAUGACAGAUGCUUUGGUGAGGACAUGCUGGAAAUGUAAGAAGAAGUUCAUCAAGGAAGUUGGCUGCAACAAAAUGACUUGCACUUGUGGUGCUUUUAUGUGCUACAUCUGUCGCUUGCCUGUAACUGACUAUUCACACUUUAAUGGAGAUGGCGGUACUGAAUUCCACAAAUGUCCACUUUACAGUGACCUCCAAGUGAUCCAUGAUGUUGCUGUUCAAGAGGAGGGAAUUAAGGCCAAAAAAGAAGUUCAGGCACAGAAUCCAGACAUCGAACUUAAACAUGAUCCAACAGAACCUUCAGGAACACCACAAUAGAAGUUUUAGGUUGUCACAUGGUAUUUUCUGUUCCUAAUGAGGCCGCUUUGAGCAGAAAUUUCUGUAUUUCUUUAAAUGUGUUUUUGUUAUGGAACAAGUUUGUUGGUUUCUUAUGUCUUUGAACUUUUUAAAUCUGCUGGGAGCAUUUUAACAUGUCUUGUUUGAAUGGUGUGAUGAGUGUCUAUACUCUACUAGCACAUUUCAUAAUGUGUGUAAUACAAAACACACCAGAAAUGUUGGUAAUUAAUUUUGAAGCCAUGGCAAACUAAAUUAAGAAAGUAGCAUUUGAAUGAUUUUAAGAUCUGUGAAUAUACAAAUGUGAAUCUGAGACUCUCUCACCAUAGAUUGAACUCUUGGCUUAUAAUCCAUAUUUAUUAACAGGACAUGUCUUUGGUGUGACAUGAAUGAAGAAAGAAAAUAUUAAUGUAAAUGCAGGAACAAGAAUUACAUGCAAGCAGAAUAACCAGAGACAGGAUGUAUAUUAUCAUUUAUUAUUCCUUUACGUAAUCAGUAUCUGAACAUUAUUCUGUUUAAGGGAUAAAUCUGUAGGACAUACAGUGAAAUGUCAGUUUAAUGAAGUAGUGUGGAUGACAAAAUUAUGAAUCUGAAUCCAUAGCUAAAAAUGUUUGCAUUGUCACUUGUCAUUUUGAUUCUAUUCAACAGAAAUUGUGAAUGACCUGGCAAAUGCUGUUAUGUAUAGUCAGUUUCUAUUUUUUAAAAUCAUUUCCUGUCACUGUGAAGUUCAUUUGCUGUGAUAUUCUUUUCAAUGCAGAUGAUCUUUACCCAUUUCUAUAAUUAACAACUAAACACACAAAUAAACUGUAUGAUAACGUAAAGAGUUGAGAAUGCGGAUGUUUACACAGUCGAUUCAGUUGUGUGGCUGUGAUUAAAUUGUGCAAAAGGAGCGUCUUUCUACUUCACUUGAAUAGAAACACUUUCUGAUUGCUGUUCAAUUCAGAUUGACAAGUGUAAACACACCUUUUCUAGGUCAGUCAAAUCACAAUGCUUGCCAAUUGAUCACAUCAAAACAUGGUUUCAAUUUCCAAUUUUGGUCGUGUGGCUGAAGACAUGCAAUCAACCAAUAACCAAUGUAAAUAAUCUUUAAAUGACAGGGUGGAAUGCAUUGUGUGGAUGGUGCUCUCUGGUUGCAGUUAAGAUGGGGGAUGGGUUUUUAUCGUAGGGUUUUAUUAAUGGGGUUUAUCCGACAAAACACUGAGGCUGUGACCAUUAUGUACAUUCUUGUAGUUCUCUGAAAUGAGCAUCCCUUUAUGAUCCUUUGUAAUUCCUUUUUCUUUCCCCCUUUGUCUCUGUCUCACAUAUGUUGCAGCAGAUUUUGUAAAGUGUUUGUUGUCGUGUUUAAAGAUUUUAUUUUUACAAAUUUCGUUACAAUGGUAUCCGUUAAAGUGAAACAUUUUUACAUAAAGAUAUAUGAUAAAUUUGUGGGGUCCAGAAAAGAAUUUCAUUUUACUGAAUGUGCUGUUACUUUGACAUUCAUUAAAAUGAUAUUUCACUGUAUAUAAAUACUUUUAAAUUCUUAAUAAACCAAGCAGACUUGUCCCAUAAUUGAUGUCUGCUUGUAUUAUUAUCAUCUUUGCUGCUUAAUAAGAUGGGUUUAAAUCAAACAAUUGAUAUUUUGGUAUUUCAGCUGUUCAUACAAGGCUCCAAAGAUACCAUAUAUGAUAAGUUAGUCUGUUUUAUUGUAAUGUGUAACAUACAUUUUAUAUUUAUUUUUUUAUAAUAUCAUUGCUUUAAAUGUUGUCUCAAGAUCUUGCUGUUGAUUCACAUAAUGUUCUAUAUUAAUACCAAUUUUUUAAAAUAGGAUUCUCAAGAAGUUGCUCUUUUCAGAAGGUACAUCAUUGCUGAUUCCAUGAUGAUUAGCUGCAGAACAUUCACUCUUGGGUAGGUCAGUAGUCUACCAGUUGCUACAGAAUUACUGGUAGUAAUGCAGGUGACUUGUAUAAUAGAACAUAAUUGUGUUGUUAAGAUUAUAUUUUUGCUCUAACAUCGCCCUUUAUCUGUUGUUUCUUCAAACAUUUUUUGGCAUCUAUUUUCUGUUUUUAAGUCAUAUAAUUAUAAUUCUAGCCUUCAAUUCUUUAAAUUAAAUGACUGGACAGAACCUAAUGAAGAUAUAAUUCCCAUAUGUUUAUGUCCAUCCAGACUCAAAGAUUUACAUGUAAUAACAUGCAGUGUGUGGUUUUGUUCAACUGGCUAGACGAUUUAUGAGACUUAAUAAACAUUGGUGUGUGUGUGUGUAUAUAUAUAUAUAUGAGUGAGUGAUUGCAUAGAUUAUUCAGUAUUUCUAUUUUCUGUAACUAGAUUCAUGGAGCAAAGUCCCUCAUGUAAAGUUUAUACCAUAUUUACUCAUGUAUAACAUCCCCCCCCCCCCCCCAAAAAAAAAAAAAUCUUUCUAAAAAUUAUGGUGCAUGUAAUACAUCCUAAUAAUAUUUGGAGAAUUACAAGUCAUGCAGCUCCUCAUUAUGCAGUUUAUGGGCACUUCAUGCUUCUUAGUUCAGUUUUAUUCUGUGUAGAAUAUGGUGUCAAAUGUUACUUAUUAACUACAUGAAUAUUUUCAGUAUUGGCAGUUUUGGGACUCCAGAAAUAGCUUUCUAACACAAGAGGCAAGUUAGCAGAGACCAAUGUCAAGUUCUGGUGUGUCAAGACUGUAAUCAGUGGAUGAUUUUGUAUUGUCAUUUCCUUUCACAUAGCUCAAAGUUGUGCUGGGUAAAUCCACCAUGUUGCGGCAUAUCCUGUGGAUGUAAACAAAAAUGUGGAAAGUGUUGCUUAUCACCAUCGUUGAAGGAAGUCAACACAGUAGCAGAAAGUAUGUAUGACGCAUACUGUGAGAUAUGGCAAAUGAAUUUUGUUAGGUGUCUAGCAAAUUAUUGUUUUUUUCUAGAACUCUCAGCAUUAUAAAUGCAUUGACUACUGUUGCUGUUUUACUUCAGUGUAUUUUAAAAAAGUGUGAUGACAUGAAAUUGUAAUUUUCACUUGGUGCUUUAUUAUCAGAAACUGAACACUCCAUAAAUAUGUGCCAUAAUUGAGAGAUGAGGCAGAGAGGUAUGUUUAGUGCAGAGGACAAGACAACUAAAGGUUUCUUUUUAAAAGAUAAGUAUCUUGGAAGAUGUUCAUGCCAUCAUAUAUGUUCUGCAAAACAGCAUUGGUCAAUACUAUAUAGUCUAAGCUACUGACAGCAUUGUUAAAUAAACUGCAAAGAAAUAAAUACAUGAAUUUGCAGCAGCCUGAAACUUCAAUCGGAAUAGUACAAUGUAAUAUGAGUAUGUUAGCAUUUUGUUUUUAUUUUAUUGUAUACUGAGAGGGGUUUUGGAAUGCUAUAUGGAAUGAUACAAUGAACUGUCAUUAAAAGCAAAUCUCACUGGCCUGAAAAUAUUGUUCAUAAAAGUGGCAUUUCAUUGUACUGAAAUGGGAAUGACACGCAUUAAGGUCUCUCAUUAACAAGUCAUGAACGUUCAGAUUCUAUAAAAGGGUUGGCUUUUUUUUUUUACCAUAUAAAGUAUCAGAUUCUUGAGGAUGACUAUGCUCAGAGUUAAAAGUCAUAUAAUUAUAUAACUUCGUAUAGCAUAUUUUUUUGUCAUUAAAAUUGGAACACAAAAAAUUCUAUAAGGUCAGUGAUUUUAGUUUUUCACAUUGAUGUGAGAUUAGGUUGUCUUCUGCGUUGUUGCAGCAUGUAUUCUUGUAUUAUACCAGUAUUUUGACAAAACAUUCUGUCUUCAUCUUUAGAGUUUAAGUUGGCAGGGAGGCAGCAUGUUCUCCAAAUAUAUUAUUAUACAUUACUGUGUACCAGAGUUAGAAUACAACUGAUUUUUAACUCUUCUUAAGAAAUAUAGUUACAUUGUUAACAACAAUUACAUUCCUGACAAAGAAAGAAACAAUUUUGUUCAGUCACGCAGUAAGUGCACUUGCUCCAAAACUUGUCAUUAUGUGUGAAACAUUAAUAAAACAAGAACCCAAGUAAUAUUUUCAAAA